UUGCAUGAGUCAACUGAUGCAAUAACUUUUGAAUUAAAAAUUAGCUUCACACUGGUAAGAUGAUCAUAUAUUACCUGAAAGGGUUCCCAGUCUGCAGUUGUUCUGCUACUUACUAGUCAGUAUUUGUGGAAAUGUUUUAAUCUCAACGCCGUGAAGAGGCCAGAGAAAGAGGUAUCAUGGCAUUCAAAGCUUUCUGUUUGGGGCUGCUUUGUGCUCUCUUUGCCUUUUGUAUAUAUACCCCCAUACCCAGCAACAUUGAAGAAUACUGGAAAGUAACAGCCAUAGAUAUAUUUGCUAAAACUGGCACAUUUAUGGCUAUGUGUCUUGAGACUAUAGGUAUCAUAAAAUAUGAAAAGUUUAUUUCCAUGAUACUGAGGCAGGACUAUACCCAACCCGUUUCCGAUGAGUAUGUCACAGUGAUGCAUACAGAAUUUGUUGACAUUCCAGUACGUUUGUUGCCAAAGAGCAAGUCAGAAACCCCAAGACGAGCUGUAAUCUAUAUUCAUGGUGGUGUUUUUUGUCUUGGAAGUUUCAAACUUAGAGCUAUUGAUGCCCUGAAUAGAUGGACUGCAAAGAAACUCGAUGCUGUUGUCGUCGGAGUGGAACAUAGAAUGGGAGGUGCAAUUUUCAAGGAAGGAAUAAGGUGCAGGGAAGAACAAGGACAGUUAGGGCCAGAUAAGGAGGUGCAGAAUGAUCUUGAAUUUAAACAUAAAGUCAAGAUACAAGCUUUAAUUUACCCUUCCUUACAGAUACUUGAUUUUUAUUUGCCAUCUCACCAAGAAAAUGAGCAUGGUAUAAUCCUAACAAGGGACUUAGCCCUAAAAUUGAUGAGUUUGUAUUUCACUGAGGAUGAAACAUUUCCCCAGGCAAUGAGAAGAAAUGAACAUAUGCCUCUGGAAUCAAGACAUCUGUUUAAGUUUGUCAAUUGGAGUACUCUCUUACCUGAGAAGUUUAGAAAGGAUUAUGUUUAUACUGAACCAAUUCUUGGAAGAUACAAUUAUUCAUUGCCAGGACUUAUGGAUAUCAGAGUUUCUCCCUUGUUAGCCAAUGAUUCCUGGUUACAGAAUUUGCCACGAACCUAUAUUCUUACUUGCCAAAAUGAUCUUGUGAGGGAUGAUGGACUUAUGUAUGUUUCAAGACUUCAAAAUGUUGGAGUUCAAGUAACUCAUGACCAUAUUGAGAAUGGAAUCCAUGCAGCUUUAUCAUUAAUGGCAUCACCACUGUAUUUACAACUAGGUUUGAGGAUGAGAGAUAUGUAUAUUAGUUGGCUGGGUAAGAAUUUGUGAAUAUAGUAUGUAUAAAAUAUAGAUGACCAUCAGGAAAUGGAUUGUAAUUUGUGAUAUUUUAUAGUUGUAGUGCAAAGAACAAUGUCAUCUGUGUUGUCUGACUCUAGAUUUAAAUCAGUUAUAACAGUUACAGUAUGUCCUCGAACUGGUUAAUUUUUCUGAUUCACAGAACCUGAACGUGUAAAAUGCAUUUAAUCCCUUCAUUUAUAGUUGAUCAUAAUUAUGUUGGUCCCAAUAGGGACUGAUCCCUAUUAAAGUUGAGAAAUAAGAAUGGUUACUGGUAAACUGGAGAAUAUAGUUUCCAAGCAGGCACAGAAAUUGCAAUAGUGUAUGGGAAAAGAAAAAGAAAAAAAGAGUUACAAGGUAAUCAUAUUAGUUUCCUGUGGCUGUUGUAACAUAUUACUAUAAAUCUAAUGGCUUAACACAACAAAUGUUUUCUCUCAGGAGUUCUGGGGGGUCACAAAAUCAAGGUGUUGGCAAGAGCCACAUUCCUUCUGGAGGCUCUAAAUGGAGCUCUUCACCUCUUUCAUAUCAUGGCUGCUGGUAUUCCUUGGUGUAGUCAGAUAAUAUUAUUCUGAAAAUUAUCAUCUUCAAAUCUUUCUCUGCUCCAUCUUCACAUGGCCUUUUCCUCAGCCUCCUUUCUAGAAAGAUACAUGUGUUUGCAAUUCACGUCCACCAAAGUAAUCAAGAUAAUAACCCCAUCUCAAGAUCCUUAAUUUCCAUGUAUAGUAACAUUCACAGGAAUUAGGAUUUAGAUGUCUUUUGGAAGAAAGAUUUUCACAUUUUCAGUCAAAUGUUAUGUUUUAAAAAGGCAACAGAUCAACAUAAUAAUUCAUUAUAAUUCAUUCUAAUCUAAAUAUGUACUCAACAAUGUAGCCCAGCUUAGUAUGGAGUGAACAAGGUUUUCAAAAAACUGUCAUAUAUGUCAUCUAAAAAUACCCAAAGAAGAAAUCACUUCUACAUGCCUCUUGUUGAGUGAAACCAUAAACUAAAACUAAAGAUUUUUUGCUGUGAAAAAAAUGUCUGUAGUAUAGUAGUAUGACUGUUGGAUAUUAAGUAUAACCAGUUGAAUCAAGUUAAGAAGUUAAAAAUGUAGCAAGAAAUUUUGUGCAUGUCUGUGUAUGUGGUAGGGGUAGUGAAAAUUUACAAGCUAGUUGACCCAAGAGCAACUGAGAUAUCUAACUUGUUCAGUUAAGAACAAACAUUAUAUCCAUCCUACAUUUUUCAGCAGGCAAUUGGGAAUGACAAUUUCAACAGCCUAAAA